AUGAAACCCCCCAUGUCUCCCUCACAAAAGCUCGACUCUAACCCUUACGGGAAACCAGUCGAUGCUACUAAUUAUCGGGUUAUCAUUGGUUUAUUGUCUUACCUUACAUCUAGCAGACCGGACAUUGUCUUUGCAACCUGUCUCUGUGCACGAUUCCAAGCAAAUCCUAAGGAGUCACAUCUGAAUGCAAUGGAAAGAAUAUUGAGAUAUCUGAAAGGAACAGUUAAUCUGGGCCUUUGGUAUCCCAAGGAAUCAGGUUUUGACCUAGUGGGAUACUCAGAUGCUGUUUUGCGGGUUGCAAACUGGACAGAAAGAGUACAUCCGGUGGUGCACAAUUUCUAGGUGAAAAGUUGGUAUGCUGGUCUUCUAAAAAGCAGAAUUGUGUGUCAACUUCUACAGCUGAGGCAGAAUAUGUCGCGGCUGCUAGUUGCUGUUCACAAGUACUUUUGAUGAGGACACAGCUGAAAGACUACGGGUUCACAUUCUCGCACAUCCCGAUCUAUAGCGACUCUCAAAGUGCAAUUGCCAUCACGUGUAAUCUUGUCCAUCACUCACGGACGAAUCAUAUUGACCUCAGUUAUCAUUUUAUCAAGGAUCGCAUUGAGAAGGGCAUCGUGGACAUGUACUUUGUGUCCACGGAAUGGCAACUGGCUGAUAUAUUCACAAAGGCACUGGAUGAGAAGAGAUUCAAUUUCCUUAUCUCUAAGCUGGGGAUGCUGAACCAGAACGAAUAAGUAACUCUGACUUGUGUGUGUGAGUGUGAUCAUAUUUUUUUUUUCUUUUUUAAACAUUUUUUUACAAAUUGCAUUUUUUUAUUUUUUCAUGCAUCACUUUUUUCUUUUUUCCAUGCAUCAUUCCUUAGUUAAAAUUUUCAAUGCAUAAAUCAAGAGGGAGCUUUUUCAAAAUCAUGCAUAAAUUGAGGGGGGGUUUCAUAAUUAUUCAUUAUCAAGAGAGCAAGGGUUGAGGGGGAGCUCUUUGAAAAUUGAAAACAGAUAAGUCUGGGCCUGUUAACCUUUUGUUUCCGGGCCUAGCUAUUUAAACCUCAAAUCACGCAUCUCCUCCUCUUCACUCUAUCUCUCUGCGCUAAACUCUCUAACUUCCUCUCAGUUGAAAUCGCUCAUCUCCCCUAUUAAGCUUUCAAGGUUUUUUGCUCAUCGUCUCUUUCAAAGGGUAAAUACUCCUUAUUCGUUUCAAAAUGAAUGCUUCGCAGGUACACCAAUAGCGAACAGAUACAACGAAGAAGACGAACAGAUAUUCGCGCAAAACUGAUGCGCGAAAACAACCUGAUGUGCGAUUACCCUACUGUGAGAGUCCGGCCUGUGCGCGAUUUUGGGGACGCGUGAUUCCCCCUGUGCACGAUUCUCACUGUGCGCAAUUAUGGGGUCGCGUGAUUCCCUGAUGCGCAAUUCUCACCAUGCACGAAACCAGAUGCGCAAUUUCCCCAUGCGCGAUACCGACCUCAUGCGCCAAAGUUGGACUAAAGGCCCUGCGCGAUUUCACCUACUCAAAAGGUCCUGCGUGAUUGCCCCAUGUGCAAUUUGGGGCGUGUGCGAACGGAUUGGGCCACAUUCUAACUAAGUCUGGCCUAACUUAAAACAAAGAACAUAUCAUUUUUCCAUAACGGGCCCACAUUAUGAAACAUAUUCGCAAAUGUCAAAGGGCCCAAAUUUAAAAAAAAACAAAAAAAAAAUCAAAAGGGCCCAAAUUAUCAAACCCUGAUCAUAAUAGAAGAAAAAAGGGACCCAAAUAAGAGCUUAAGUUGUCGACUUAGCUACCGUUUUGAUCAAAUGCUCUAACCUGUUUAUCAUUUUCAGAUCGAAAUGGCAGCUGUUCCCAAAAUCAGUCAGAUCUAUCCAAGGGCAAACUGGUACAUGAUCAAAGAUAACAACCCUGCACUGGACCCAGAGGUGUUCUCAUGCCAAGAUGAUGUCGUUAUUGCCAUUCUGAAAGGGCACAAGCUGUGGAAAGCCCUGAGCAAAUCUACUGAAGUACCAGAGGUGUAUCUCCAACAAUUUUGGGGAACACUAAACAAAGUCCUUGACGACGAAAAUGAAGAGAUAGAUGACGAGCUGACCGUCACUAUCAUCAACAAAUCCCUGCUGCACCAAGCUCUACAAAUCCCGGAAGAAGAUCAUUAUGAUGAGCUGGCAUCUGAACCUGAAAUGAUGGCCGAUAUAAUCAAGCUAGGCCAUGCUCAACCAAUAAAGCUCAUUUCUGAUGUCAGACCAGGACGCUUACCAAGACCGUGGAGGACAAUGCUAGCUAUUCUCAACAGGUGUUGUACUACCAAACACACUGGCUUCGACAAGUGCAACAUCUACCUUUUGACCAUCUUCCAUCGCAUCGCUUUCAUGAAGAACUACAACUACGUCUCGCUGAUAUGGGAUGAAAUUUUUGAGCGAGUCAGAAAGAGGACGAAGACGGAGGUGGUUUUCAAUGAUUGUACGACAUAUCUCCCGAUCCACUCCAGCAAUUCCUCGAAGAUUAUUAAAGGAGUGUCUACAUAUUGUCCGUCCAACGUCUCGAGAAAAUGCCUGAGGAUCGCACGCUGGUACCCAUGACUAUACCAGUGGCUCUUCUACAGUUAGCCAAUCCAAAUGAUCCAUCUGUCCGACGCUAUUGUGAAGCGCAGAACAUUAUAUUCCCUAUGGCUCAGAUAAACCCCCCUGAGCCUACCCUUGGGAGUCAACCGAGUGUGAGUGAGGGUCUUGAGAGUUCAACGCGGCCACAACGACCAGUGGCAAGUUGGCCCCAUGAUGAUCAGACUACGUCUGCUGAGGGCCACACCCAUGCUGAAGAGACUACCCAUGAUUCAUCAAGCGUAGCCAGAACAUUAGACGUUGAUGAUGAGGACUCUGGGAGCAAGGCUGAAACGAGCGGAAACGAUCAAGGUGAUGAGGAUGAUGAUGACGCGAACGAUAACUCAAGAAAAGCCAAGAAAGCCCCCGUUCAGAAAGGAAGACCCAUUAUCAGGCUUUCUAGGGCUACAAACAAAGAGGAGUCUCACCAGAUCAAAAACACUGAAGGACAAACCAUCAGUGAGACUCUCUCUAAGGUACGACAUGAUAACCCAUCCUCAUCAUCCAUUCUUAUGCAAAGAGUGCAAACGGAAAGCGCCAUUGCUGAAGACAUGGCCAUAUUUGAUAGUUGUUCCGACUUCGAAGAAAUAAACCGGGCUAACCCCAUAGGAGCAGACACUGAUAUUUUCAGUUUCCGGGUAAAAGACGCAGCAUCUAGCCCAACUGCGCAUGCACAAGCCCAACCUAGCCACUCUGCUACCUCCCAACAGGUAGUAGUUUCACAAAUAGGGGAUACUACACCCACCUCUCUGCCUCCCUACGACGCAGUUGAGGAAUUAUAUAGUGGUCUAUCGCCCCGGACCACUACCCCUCCUUCAAACACAAUGAGUCUAGGUGUCACACUCCCUACAUUUUCAAAUUUUUCUAGUACACCUACACUUCUCACACCACUGCACUCAACAGGUUCACUUUACAUGUCCACAACGAUCGGAGAUACGUCAAUGAUGAUCGGAAUUCCUGCUACUCAACAGAUAACUCAAUCAUUAUCUGCAAGCCACACUUCGGUAAUCUUUACUGAUGCUGUGACAACGGUUACUACCCCUGUAACCGAACAGCCCGAACCUACCGACCUUUCUGUCAUUCUGCAGCGUUUCAUGGAUUCCACCAUCAAAGCCUGGGUGCAUGAAGCAAUAACCGCUCGGGCACAAGAAUUCAUGACCACCCAGGCGCUUUAGAUUGACACUACCCAACCACAACCUUCCACAUCACACUCCCAACAACAGCUUACCCCCAUACUUACCCUUCAAACCUCUGAACCAUCAACCACACAACCUCAAACACCUACCACUUCAAGGGGAACCUAGGAUACAGAACGUGUGUCCUCCCCUACAAUGACCACACCUCAUCCUAACCCUUACACCAUUGUUUUCGAGGAACUCGAAUCUAUUAUGCUAUCAAGAAUUCUAGCCACCGAAGAAGACAACUGAACCCCAAGACAAAAAUCCCUUCUUCGUAUAUUUUUAGAAACCGAUAGCACAUGCCGUGACAGUCUUCGAAAUCUCAAACGUUCACAUGAGGACCCCGAUGAUUCGGAUCCUCAUGAGGGGGAGAACAAGAGGCAACGGACACUCGAGCAUGGAGCAUCAACAAGCCAACAACCCCCACACGAAUCCCAACCGGAAUCCUCGAACAACUAGCCCCCAUCCACUACUCAACCCAAUAGCCAAGCCACAAACCUACAUAUCUCUAGCAUGGUCGAGCUACACAAAACAUUUCGAGGCAUAUCUCUCAGAGAUUUUGACCAAGGAUGGAGUGGAAGUCCUAAGGUAGCUACUUCGUGUACACCAUUUUAUUCAGGCCAUCAGGAAGAACCUAGUUCUAUACUGAUGACAACGGGCAAUCCUUGUGAUCCCGGCUCUACCUCCCACGAAGCAACACUGCAGAAGGCUCCCACUGAAGAACAAAGCCCGUCCAUAUACGAUCAACUAGAAGACAUCAUUAUAGAUGAAAGAUGGAACGGAGAAUGGACAGAAUGGGACGACAUCAGACAAGAGGUCGAGCAAUAUGAAAUGCAAAGAGGAGUCUAUCUCAGAGACCUGCUGAAAAAGUGCGAUGAAGAUUUAAUAGGGCUUGAGGAAGAUGAACUCGAGGAAGGGGAGAACUACAAGAAAACUCCAGCAGAGCUACCCUCCAUUGUCAGAAGAAUAGGUGCGCUCUUGCCCAGAGAUGAAGACCCAUGGGAGAAUAUCAAUAUCACUGCCCCCUUCCAAGAGGAAAUCCGAAAGAAUUUAUGGAGAAAGCCUGAUAGGAUCAAGAAACUAGAUGAUCUGAAAGUCCGAGGUCUUACCCAUCUAAAAGCUAGACAAGUCGGGGGACAUCUUCAUAUGCUAUAUCAUCGAUCAACAGGCUUACAGCGCCAUAUUCUGGAACACGAUCUUAAAACAAGCAAAUGCCCUAUUUGGGAUAUUCUGAAAGUGUCCAGAGGAGAUCAUCAUGGAAUAAAGUAUUCGAUUUAUCGAUUACAAAGAACUGAUGGCACAGAGUUUACCUGUAAAGAGAACGAUUUCAUUAUGAUCAAGAUGGAAGACAUCUAUCAAAUGUCUAUGGUCUACAGGAACCUGUCCAUCAGAAAGAAUAAAGUCCUCAAAGAAGGAUAUGAAGCAAUAAGACGUUUCAUGCUGAGGCAAGUUAGAGUUCAUGCCACUCACAAUCUUCAGAUGGCUCUCGAGAACAACAUCACCCGAACAAAUCUUACAAAGCCAAUCUUUUAUGGACCGGAGGUUGAAGAGUUUCCACCUUACACUAUUUUUGAAGAUCCGACCAUAGUCAUCUAUCUCAAUCAUGAAGAGAAGAAACGCAUUCUGUAGAUAGAUGACAUUGCAAGAUACUGUGAUGGGACCCUGAAGAUCAUUAGAGACAAACUGCUUCCGCUAAAAUCUGAUAUUGAACGAAGACUUACUGAAGCCUCUGAAGCUGAAAUAAAAUAAUUCGACAGAAUAACCGCGGUGCUAAAGGCAAUCAAUGACAGACUCAAAAUGAAGAGAAUGCCACGCAUGUACGAGCACGCCCUAACAUUGUGGAAGAACUACUUCAAAAGGUAAAGGAACUAAUAAGAGCUGACAAAGACAUUGGAUCACAAAGGGGAGAUUGUUAGAUAUAUUUUUUAUUGUGAUCCAUUGUAUUUUAUAAAGCCUAGUAGUAUAAUUUAUUAGAUAAGCUAUUUUAGGUAAAGGCCACAUUCCUAAAGGGAAUGGGCCUCUUUAUUAUGGAAGCCCAAUGCUUGUAACCUAGCAUUCUACAAAGGGCUAUAAAUAGACCCUAUGUAGAAUGCGUAGGACAGGUUUUUUCGAACAUAGAAGGCGCCUUUUCAUUCAUUCAUCCUUGCGCAUACUUAGACUAGGCUACGGAGGUUUUACGUUAACUUCUCCAACAUCAUUCUGUAAACUUCCUAUCCAUCAAUGAAAGUUUCCAAUACACUUAUUCAUAUCCAUCUGCAUACAUUAUUGUAGUGUAGAUCACAGGGACCAACAGUACCUCUUAUUUUUUUUCAAUGGAAUUUAUCAUUUCUUGAGAAACUAAGACAUGAUCUGCAAGGUCUCUACCUUUCAUAAAACCAGCUUGUUCAUAAGAAAUAAUUCUCGGUAGAAUAGGAGUGAGCCUGAAAGUCAGAAUUCUGACGCACACCUUAUUGAUGAAAUUUGAGAGACAGACAGGCCUGAAUUCUGCAAAAGAAGAAGGUCUAUCCCUCUUAGGAAUGAGUACAAUAAGUGCACUGCCCAUAACUCUGGGAAUGUGAUUGCCCUGAAAAAAACUCUUGAACAGCUCUGACAACAUCCUCACCAACUAUAUCCCAACAUUUUCUGAAAAACACACCAUUGUAACCAUCUGGGCCAGGAGCUCCAUCCUUUUUAAGGCCCCAGACAGCCUGUUUAACCUCUUCCAUGUUGGGAAGCUGAAGAAGCUUGUUGUUGUCUUCAGCAGUAAUUGUAUUUAGUAUGAAUUGCAUAAUGUGAUCAACAUCCUGCACAGGUUGCUCUGAAAAAAUGCCACUGAAGGAAUCUGCAGUAACCUUACCAAUAUUAUCAAUGUCUGUAGAGGUAUUACCAUCUGAAUCGUUGAUAUAAGUAAUUUGUUGUGUUGGUCCAUGUAUUCUCUAUGCUCUAUAAUUUAUAGAAUGAUGUAUGAAAAUGUAUCUCUAAAUGAUAUAGAGGAAGCUUUCCAUUGAAGAAGGUUUUUAUAGAAUGAUAGAGAAUGAAGUUAGCGUACAAAAACCUUUUUACGUAAAUAUGCUCUGCGGCUGAAUAUAUGGGAAAGCCUCUUCCUAUGCAUUCUACAAAGGGCAUAUAUAUAGCCUUGUAGAAUGCUAGGUCAGCUUAUGAUUGGGCUCCUAUAAAGAGGAGGCCCAUUCCUAUUAUGGCAUGCAAUCCAUUUCCAUUUAAGGGCUAUUUGAUGUCUAAUUAACUCUACAAAAAGGCUUAAUAAAAUACAUGGAUCACAAUUCAUAAAAUAUCUCUAACAAUCUCCCCCUUUGUGAUCCAAUGUCUUUGUCAGCUCUUAUUGGUUCCUUUUCCUUUUGAAGUAGUUCUUCCGCAAUGCCAGGGUGUGCUCAUACUGGCGCAACAUUCUUCUCUUUUCGAGUCUUUCAUUAAUUGCCUUCAGCACCACAGUUAUUUUGUCGAAUUCCUUUAUUUCAACUUCAGAGGCAUCAACAAGUCUUCGUUCAAUAUCAGAUUUGAGCGGAAGCAAAUUGUCACUAAUGAUCUUCAGGGUCCCGUCACAAUAUUUGACAAUAUCAUCUAUCCACAAAAUGUGUUUCUUCUUGUUAGGAAUAUUUUAUGGUGUCCAAUCUAAUUAAAUAUCUUUGUAUUUGUGUAGUUAUUAAUUAAACGUGUAAUACAGGCCACAAAUGUGUAUCAGCCCGUGGGCUUCCUUGUAACCCGUAAGUUAGCUAACUUCUCCUAUAAAAGGAGGCUAACUUACGGGAACCCUAACUAAUCAGAUAGAGGCUUAGAGACGUAGAGGCGUAGAGAUAGAGAGAUUAGGGUUGUCGCUGCUCUCCUUCUCCAGGGAGAGCAGCGGUCGGUUCAUACGGUAUACCAGAUUCGUGUAUAAUAUCGACAUAUCUUUCUAUCUGCUUCUUCUUAACUGCUAUGGUUGUUUAUUGGUUAGUAUUUUGGGUUUAUCAAUUGGUAUCAGAGCCGAUGCGUUAAACAGGUUGAAUCUAUCUGCGAUUUUUGGAUCUAACGAAGAACUGGUCUGCUUUUCUUCUGUUUUUCUUUGGUGUAGAGAUUUGCUCCUGUAAUCUUGUUUGUGAACGAAACUUUGUAAAAAUCAUACUGUUGGACUCACCUUUCAAAACCGAUCCAGCAGCAUACCUUUUUUUUCGUUUUCUGCAAUUUUUAUAUUUCGAAGAUCUCUACAUUGAGAUCUCGAAAUCCUUAUUUUUCACUGCUGCAGAAACGUUUUUGACUUGAAACUGAUAUAGGAGAAUCUCGACCUUCAGGGCUUUUCAGAACAGGUUUCAGAUUUUAAAAAAUCGAAGUUUUCAUUUU